UUCUCGCUGUUGAUCAAACUAGAAGAAGAACCAAUUGAGUGCGCUGUUUCUUCUGGUUUGUGACUGGUAGCACUGUAGGGGUACCGAUUCUCAACCAGCCCUCCGAGUAUUUCUGAACGAUUUUAUGAUUUUGUUACCGGAAGGAAUACAACAAGGUCUCUCGUCGGUGGCCGGUUUGUUUCUGUCUGGUGGCCGUGAAGAGAAACGGAGGAGAGCGAUACUUUGUCCCACCAUCUUACUGGAACCAUUCGGUGUGGUUCGAAGAAACAUGAGCUUUCUUUUUGGAAAUCGAUCCUCCAAGACAUUCAAACCCAAAAAGAAUAUUCCGGAGGGCUCCCAUCAGUACGAGCUCCUGAAGCAUGCGGAGGCCACGCUAGGCAGCGGCAACCUGCGCAUGGCGGUCAUGCUGCCGGAGGGGGAAGACCUGAACGAGUGGGUCGCCGUGAACACUGUGGAUUUCUUCAACCAGAUCAAUAUGCUGUAUGGUACCAUCACUGACUUCUGCACAGAAGUGAGCUGUCCAGUGAUGUCUGCGGGUCCCAAGUACGAGUACCACUGGGCCGACGGAACCAACAUCAAGAAACCAAUCAAAUGCUCCGCUCCUAAAUACAUAGAUUACCUCAUGACCUGGGUUCAAGACCAGCUUGACGACGAGACACUGUUCCCCUCAAAGAUUGGCGUCCCCUUCAAGCGUAACUUCAUGUCGGUGGCAAAGACCAUUCUGAAGCGUCUGUUCAGGGUGUACGCCCACAUCUACCACCAGCACUUUGACUCUGUCAUGCAGCUCCAGGAGGAGGCCCAUCUCAACACCUCCUUCAAACACUUCAUCUUCUUCGUUCAGGAGUUCAACCUGAUCGAUCGGAAGGAGCUGGUGCCACUGCAGGAGCUGAUUGAGAAGCUGACCACUAAGGAUAGAUAAAUAAGCCCAGUGGAUUAGUCUGUGGUCUCCUAUAUAUUUUGCACAGAUACCCACCCCCAGCCCCCCACUACCCCUGGCUGUAUGUAUGCAGUAAAUACUAUAUUUCCAUUUGGGGAAAUGUUUUCUUAAGGCCAGGAACAUGGGCGGAUCUUGAUAGGUUAAGGCAGCAGGACUAAAGUCAUCAGGGAUUAUGCUCUAAAUUUGAACAAACAUCUGAGUUGGAGUUAUUAGAUCAAAUCUGUUGGCUCUUGAAACAGAUACCAGUUAUUGUUUGGUUAGCUUUUCUUUUGAUGUAAAUAGUAUUUUGUGUUAGCUAGAGUUAUAUUGGCCUCUUCACAGCUUUCCUUUCACGCAAACCUUUCAGCAAAACUAGAAAUAACUUUGGACUUUUAAUUUGCGAUGACAGUAGAGAGUAGAGUGCACUAGCUAGAAUAUCUUGAGGAUGUUCAUUCAGCAACCCAACAACACACUUCAUUAAAAUACUAAAGUUUAUAUUGGAUCCUAAUUGUUAUAGUUGUUAUAUUGGUUUGGCCGUUGCACUACAGUACAAACACAAAUAUCAAUAUGAUUUUGAACAAUGGACCAAUGGCUGGUACGGCUCAAAACUUUAAUGAAAUAGUACAGACUUAAAAACAAAUGCCAUGCUCUUUAAGGACCCUUUACAAAAACAAAAUAAAUAUUAAAUGUUUGACUACCAUGGAAUGUAUGCGCUGGAGUAUAACCUAUUUAUGCUGAUUACUCUGUUUUGAAGAAUUAUGAAUUUUGUUUAAUCUGAAACUGUCCUACCCAUGUCCUGUGGGUAGGAUGAGGUUAAUGAAUGUGUUAAGACAUAAGGGAGACGAGAAAUAACUCGUUUAGCAGCAACUAAAAUGGAAUUGUCUCCUUUUUGUGUUUUCCAUUGACGGUGGUAGUUUACCCUUCGCACCAAACUUGUCUCAAAUGGUCACUGCAAAUAUUGGCCACGGUUUUGGUACUCUGACAUUCCAUAGAAAGUCAUCAAAAAAAUAGGUAUAUCAGACAACUUAACCCUACAUGCUGAUACAUGUACUGUUUAUAGUCAAGAAUUGUCCCCUGGGACAUAUUGUGCUGGAUAAAAUGCUUACGUCAUUGGAGUAUGCUGGAGCACUUUUAUUUUAUUAGCCAUAACGCACUUUGAACUAUUUACCUGAAUGUUUUACUGUACAGAAUUUGGCUUUUUGAGAAGCUGUUACUGUGUUGGAUUGUUUCACCCUGCUCCCCCCCCCCCCCCCCUUCAUUGUGUUUCCCACAAAUGAAUGUGAUAGAAUGUGCUGGAACAACAACAACAUGGGGUACAACAAGAUGGUUGGUUUAACUUAAGCCAAUGUUGAGUGCCAGGCUUCAGACCGUGGAUACAUUAACUUUUCCUCUGGUGUGAAAGUCUUGGUUACUAUGCAAUAAUUGACAACUAAAAAACACUUCGUAUAUUAUUAUUUAUAAGUCAUCUGAUUCAUGUUUGAACCCUCUCAGCCUGUUUUUGCUUCAUAUCGCAUUGACUUUUAUUCUCAAUGUUAUUUUUUUACACACUAAGGUUAAGUGCAGUUGAUGUAUUUAUACAUUUACCAUUAUAAUAUAUUCAUGGUGGUAUUAAAGGAUAUGCAAAACAUGUAAAUAUGGAGGGUCCCCCUUUCUUAGAAGUCAUUUUGGACGGGCAUGAAGUGAUGGCCUUUGGUCGCAGAAUGCAAAUUUAAGGUAAUUUGUCUUAGUACUUGCCUUCUAUCCCCGUUUGGAUGUGACACUUUUUAUCCGCUUAAUAUAACUUUUAUUAAUUUGCUUCUACAGGAAAUCAGAAAAUGUAAGAAUUGUUCUUAUGGCACAUUAGGCUAUUGACCAUAUCAUAUCCUGUUGCAUAGGUUUUUCCUCCUUGACUGUAAUACUGGCAAAAUGUUUGUAAAUAUGUGCUAGGUUGAAGGUUUUUGAUGCUACUGACAUAAGUUAUGCCUUUGAAAGCCAAAUAAAGAUCUUUAAAUCCUGAAA